AUGCCUUCCAUGCAUCAAAGCAUUAUUUAUCUCGCAAUCACAGCGGUUGGAUCCGUGAACGCCGCCUUCGGCCCUGCAUUCAGCACAGGGCCUACUUCGUCAGGCUCUUACAUCGCCGAGGCAAUUUCCACACUUGUCGUCCCUCGCGCUCCAAGCACCAAUAAUGGCGACCUCGCUCUCUGGGUUGGAAUGGGUACUUCGGCUGGUGAUAUGAUUCAAUCCAUCGUCGACAACUACCAAUCUGACUCCUGGGAUGUCUUUGCUUACACAUUGAAGAAGACCAGCUUAAAUUCACAAGAAGUUAUUCAGGGACCUGCCUCGACUGCUACACCUGGAAAUCGUGUGACUGUGCACUAUAAAAUUGACGAGUCUACUGGAAACUACACACAGACCGUCUUGGUCAACAGCCACAGCGUCUCGACGCUAUCAACUAGCGAUGGAAAGGCCGAGGGCUGGGGUAGUGCGGUAGAAUGUGCGACAACCGACUGCGGCACUGUUGAUGCCCAUUAUUGGAUCAACACCAAAAUUACUCUUUCUGUCGCGGAUCCUGGCUACAUUGACACCUUGGUUUUGGGUGAUGGUGUCAGCGGUAACAUGACCACCGUUGACGGUGGAAAGACUUGGAUUGUGCCCCGAAUCAAUAUCCCAGAGUAUACUUUCUCGUCAUAG